GGAAGGCUGAGCUUUUUUAGAAAUCAGACCUUCCCGACCGCUAAGGGGGCACAGUGACUACGGCACCGCGUCCGGGAGCAAGGUGAUGUGGCGCAGAGAAUGCAAACCCUGCAGGAACGGAUCGGUCUCGGCUGCCAGCCUUCAGCUUAGGGAGCAGUCGCUUCUCCGUCCAACCAUGCGGAUUUCGGGACUCCUUCCUCUGGGCAGCCGACGGGAAGCGUGCCAUCUUUGGUGUGGGCGCCUAGAGCCUUGAACGCUGCGCUCAGCCGCUCUACUGCCGCCGCUCCGAAGGGCUCAACGGCUGUACUGGGAGCCCUAGGGACUCGUCACCCAGGUGAGUGUCUCUUCCUGGGCCCCAGAGGCUGCCGGCUCCCUGGGCCGGACCGGACAAUGGCGCACCUCUCCGCUGUCACCUCUGCACCGGCCGCCUAGCGCCUUGCGCCUCUUCGCCUGCCUCUGCCGAGGCGGCGCCGGGAGAGACUGUGGGGACACUGGACGCCGGCCUUGGGAGGGCUUCGCUUCCCCUUUCCUUCCAGCGGAUCUGCUGCGGGCAAUUGACAAGACGCGGCGGGAGGUGGAUGUGAUUGGAUCCCAAGAAGGGCUGGCUUUCCGUAGGUUAGGCGGGAGCCGUGUUGGGAGUCCCCUACGGGAGCAGGUGCUGUCCUAGCUAGGCGGCCGGCAGCUCUGCCCUGCCCUGACCCCCCCAGCGCGCGGGCGCCCACGCGGGAACAUGUAUGGCGAACUCUUCAAUUCCACCAGUGCCGCCGAAGUCCCGCUCCCGGUGCACACCAGCACGCUGUAUGGGAGCGGGACCCCGAAGCCCGUGAGCUCCUCUGCGCUCUACGUGUCCACAGCCCGGGCGCUCAAGGAGGGCGAGAUAAGCAAGCCAGACCUGCUGACUUACCUCGCCUUGUUUUUCUUCCUACUCUUGUCCGUGGCUAUCAUCGUGCUCUUCAUUAACUGUCAGCUGAAAAACUCCUUCUUUGCCACUUUACCUUACGAUCGAUCUCUGAGGGAGGCUCGGACUCCGUGGAAAACGCAGGCUGUCUAACACCGCAGGCGGGCAGCAGCUGGAAUAAUAGACCCCGUCUGCUCCAUAGACUUGAAAAUUCUUUGUGCUGCUGGAGCCUGCUCUGGGAGGAGGAAACCUGUGUCAUGAAAUGCCCCCUUUUUUCUUUGACUACGAUGUGGAUGCAGAAGAGGAGGCCUGUUCUAGAGGGAACCAAAUGGACAUAAAUUAAUGUCCCCAAGCUGGUCCCGGAAGGACCGGUCUUUAUCGCAUCAUCUAGGAAAAAAAUCCCUAAUAUUUUUCUUUGGUUGGCGUUUUCUUUGUUAUAGCUUAUAGACUCUAUGCAAGUGAGUAAAUUGUUUGGAUAGAUGCAGAUGGGGGUAAGUGUGUGGCCUGACACUACUCCAAAUAGUAGAAUGGUGAAAGUCUAUCGGUUUCAAGUUGUAAUGAAUUGGGUUUGAAGUGCUCAAAACAUCAUUUCUGUCUUCCCAGAGACAGUAUCACCCAGAGUCCAAUGUGGGGCUGAGAAUUCUUCAGAAAAGCACAUUUGCCGUCUCCUGGUGGGACACAAUGAAAGACAGGACUCGGGGUACUUUUCACUCAGCCUGGACUUGGAUGCUAAAUGAUUUUCAUAACUGGAAAGACUGUGUAGACCUGUGAAUUUGCAUUUUUGCUUAGCCAUCUUGAUCUGCAUCUUGCUACUGGGCCCUCAUGGCUCCAGAGGAGAAAGUGAGGCUGGUGACUUUGCACAGCUCUCCCUCACCUAAAUGCAAUUGAUUCCCGAGACAUGUAUCACCUUCCUGAUGUCAUAGCCCUCUUCAAGAACGAAGGACAAGCCACGACAACAACAACCCAAAGCAAUGAGGCACAUUAGAAAAGGUAUCAGAAACACAAAACCAAAAAAACAACCAAAUAAACCCAGAGGAGGUCAGAUUAGCAAAUCAAACCAAAAAUUGUAAUGAGUAAAGGUUGUAUCUGCUUGGGGGUUGUAUGUACUGCCAGUACAAAUAAAGGCCAUGCUAGGGGAGUAUUCCUCACAAAGAAACCACUAUAUAUGAUGUCCUGCCAUAGUGAAGAUGUAAGCGUGUCACCUGUGGUCCAUAAAAGAUCUGCACACCAAGCUGUUCAGAGCUGCCAAGACAUAUACAUAAGUGUAUAUGUGUUGUGUAUAUGUAUCACACAUAAUUUCACAUAAAGGGAUGUGAGAUUUGGGUAUCAGUGGGACAGAGUUCUGGGGAGAGAAAGCUUCCUUCCUGCUUCGUAUUGCUUAAACUAGCCAUUUAUACAAUAAAACUUCACUAAUUGGGA